GUGAUAUCUUUUAUGAGAUAUCAAGCUGAUAUUAUUUAACUGAUGUCAUAAGGAUAACAUUUUCAAGAAACUUAAGUAAGACUCUUUAAUGAGAUAUCUUAAAGACCUCUCUUAGUAGACGUCUCUGGUAAAUGUUACCAUUUUGACAUCAUUUCCAAGAUAUCUAAAUGUUUUCUUAAAAAAGUUCUCUUAAAGUUUUCAUUCUGACAAGCGUGUUGUCUGGGAUAUUAGAUUUGUUAGAUGAAGGACGAUCAAACUUCUCUCAUGUUUCAUCUGCUCUUUAUAUGGAUAAAAGCGAAUGUUCAGAAUAAUAAUUUGAAUGUUAAAGAUAAAUUAUAUAAUUUACCAAAUCAUCAAAUUGAAAAUGCUGAAGAUAGUGAAUACAGCAGCAGUGAUGAAUUAGAACAUAAUAUGAAAAUUGAUGUCGAAUAUUUAAAAAAUUGUCCUGUUUAUGAUAUAGAAGAAUAUUUAUUGAACUUUUUGUCAGAAUAGGGUGUUCAAGAUGUAUCAUUUAACAAAAUGGAUAAGCUUUUAGCAGGAUUGCGAGUUAUUUUUCCUGGUUUGCCAAAAUCAUAUAAAACAAUUCUUCGUACUCCUCGUACUAUAAAUGUUAAUAAAGUUGGUCAAGGCCUAAUGUGGUAUAAAAGUAUCAAAGUGAAUCUUAAUGAAAUAUUAACCGAUAAUUAUCUACAAAAUAAUAAUCAAAUUGUAGUAGACAUUAAUAUUGAUGGCGUCCAAUUAUAUAAAAGUACAGAUGAUCAAUUUUGGCCCAUUUUAGGUUAUCUAAAGGGUGAAAGAUUUCAUUUUAUAAUUGGUGUGUGGUAUGGACAUUCAAAGCCCGAUGAUUUAGAAGGAUAUUUAUCUGAUUUUAUUGAAGAAAUUAAAAAUUUGACUAGAAAUAGUUAUAAUUUCUAUGGAAAAAUAUUGUUUUUAAAUUAGGCAAUUAUAUUUUAAAUGCUCCAGCUAGACAAUUUGUCAAAGGCAUUCACAGUCAUAACAGUGUAUUUGGUUGUGAAAAGUGUACAAUUAAAAGUGAUAGACAUAGAAAUCGUCAGGUGUUUUUAUAUGAUAAUGCAUUUCUACGUACUGAUAAAUCAUUUCAAAAUAGAGAUCUACCAGAACAUCACAAGUAUAAUUCACCUUUAGAACGUGAUUUGCAACAUGGAAUGGUGUCUAUGUUUAGACUUGAUCCGAUGCAUCUCGUAUAUCUAGGAGUUUUUAAACGAUGGCUACAGUUUCUCUUUGGAGUACAUGUAACAACAAUAGGCAAAAUUAAUAACGCAGCUAAAUCUCAAUUGUCUCUGGAAAUGUUACGAUAUAGUUCUUGGGUGCCUAUGGAAUUUAAUCGUUGACCUCGAUCUUUCUGUGAGUUAUCUAAAUAUAAAGCAACAGAACUGCGAUGUAUCUUAUUAUACGAUGGUGUACGAAUCUUUAAGAACAUUCUGCCUUCAAAUCUGUAUAACAAUUACUUACAUAGUGGAAUAUAUAUACUAUCCAGUCCAAGUACAGUACAGAAUCCUGUUAUGCUUGAUGCUGCGCAUGAAAUUUUAAAAGAAUUUAUAAAUCACUCUUCUCAGAUUUUUGGUAAAUGUUUUGUUGUUUAUAAUAUCCAUUGUCUGAUUCAUUUAGUUGACGAAUGUCGAAACCAUGGAAUUUUAGAAUCAUUCAGUGCUUUUAAAUAUGAAAAUUUUAUGAGCGUUAUGAAACGAUAUUUGAGAUCUACUUACAAGCCUUUACACCAAUUAAUUAGACGUGAUGCAGAAACUAAAGGGCAACUUGUUCCAAGGAAAAAUAUAGAUGAGCCAAAUAAAAUUUUGUUGAAAAAUCAGUAUGAUGGAGAUGACAGUAUUCAGAGAGAACAGUUUCAGACUGUCAUUUUAUGUGGUAUUACUCUUACAAAGAACAAGGCAAACAGUUGUUUUAAAACUAAAAAUGGAGAUGUUAUAAUCUUAGAUAAUGCUAUCCGAACACCCCAAAAUAAAAUUAUCUUAAUGGGAUAUAGGUUUCUAAAACAAGAAAAUUAUUACAAUUUUCCUAUCGCAUCAUCUGAACUUGGAAUUAUAAAAGUUUCUCGUUUACAAAAUCACAAAACUGCUUACAAAAUUAAACAUUUUUUUUGUAAAUGUGUUCUUUUUCUUGAUAACGACGAAGCACAUGUGUGCAUUCCUCUUGUACACUGCAAUAAUUACUAGAAUAAAAGUAAGAACAUUUUUUUUUAUUCUACAAAUUAUAUUCUUUUACAACGUAACGUUUUCUUUUUUUAAGUUUGCAGUUGUAGAAUUUGAUGAUUCAUGUGAUGAAUCUCAAACACUAAUAGAAGUAAUUCCUUUCAAAUGGCUGUUUGAUAAUAAUACUAAGUGCAAUUAUCCACCUAAAAAAGAUCAACUUAAAACGACUCGUCUAGUUAUGUCAAAAAUGGAUCCUGGAAAAGAUUGGAAUACUUAUCAUCUUAGAUUUCAUCAUUACUACAGUACUUACAAUAUUGUUGUCAAAACUGCUAAGAAUGUUCUAGAGGGAAACGUUGCUCGGACAGAAGUAGGAACAGAUUAUGAUCAACCAAGAAAGAGAAAAAAGAACAAGAAAUAUAUAGAAUCUUCAGAUGAAGAUGAAGACAAUCCUUCGUCAAACAUCUUUUGUAGUGCUAGCAAUAAAGUGCCUGCACCAAAUCCUCUUCUUCCAAAUAAAAUAAAAACACUUUUUAAAAAUAAAUCUAUAAAAACGUCAAUGAUAUGUCAAAAAGACACGUCUGUUGGGAAAUUAUUUUCCCGUAAAGAGUCACGUGUUACAUCUUUAAGUCCUUCUAAGUUAACUUAUAAAACUACGUUAGACGAAAAUCCGAUGAAGCAUCAUUCUAUGCUGGAAGAGACUGUACAACAAAGAGAUUUAGUUCCUGAAGACUGCAACACCAAAUUGUCGGAAAAUUUUGGAACUGCUAAUCCAUUGCAAUAAAAAAAGACCACGUCUGUCAGAAAAUUUAACAAAAUGCCUCAAUAUUUAGACAAAGAAAACUGUGAUAAUUUUUUUGAUAUUUCUGAAAAAUGCUCAUCUUCUCAAUUAACUAUAGAUAGUAAUGAACUGCAAUCUAUAUCGAACAGUUCUCCAGUAUCAAGCCUACUAUCUGUACGUAAUCUCGUAGAAAAAAAAACAAAGUAUUUUGCACCCAAAGAAUGUUAACAGAACAAAGUUAUCUUCAGCCUUCAAAGAUGGUAAAUUCAUUAUUAUCCGUCUACUUUUCCUAAAAUUAAAUUACAUUUUUUAU